AUGACUUUUGACCAGGUCAAGGGGUUCAGGCUGGUGAUUUCCAGCAACGUCAACAAAACUUCCCUCCACCCCGGUGGUGUUCAGCCUCACCGGGAACACACCGAGCUUGAGGAGGAGCUCCACGAAACGGCGCACAUUGACUACGACCGCGUCGCCAUUAUCCACAACCCGUCCGUCGCCGCCCUCUACGAAGAUGCCCUCGUUUACGAGACCGGCACGGCCAUCACCUCCAGCGGUGCCCUGACGGCCUACUCGGGCAAGAAGACCGGCCGAUCUCCUCUCGACAAGCGAAUUGUCAAGGAGCCCACGUCCGAAGACAACGUCUGGUGGGGACCCGUGAACAAGCCCAUGUCUCCUGAGGUGUGGAAGAUCAACCGCGAGCGUGCCGUCGACUACCUCAACACCCGUAACCGCAUCUACGUCGUGGACGGCUAUGCCGGCUGGGACGAGAAGUACCGCAUCCGCGUCCGUGUCAUCUGCGCCCGCGCCUACCAUGCCCUGUUCAUGAGGAACAUGCUCAUCCGCCCUCCUCGUGAGGAGCUCGAGCACUUCCACCCCGACUACACCAUCUACAAUGCCGGCUCCUUCCCCGCCAACCGCUACACCGAGGGCAUGACCUCGGCCACCUCGGUGGCCAUCAACUUCUCCCAGAAGGAGAUGGUCAUCCUGGGUACCGAGUACGCCGGCGAGAUGAAGAAGGGUGUCUUCACCGUCCUCUUCUACGAGAUGCCCAUCAAGCACAACGUCCUGACGCUGCACUCGUCCGCCAACGAGGGCAAGAACGGCGACGUCACGCUCUUCUUCGGCCUGUCUGGCACCGGCAAGACGACCCUGUCCGCCGACCCCAACCGUGCCCUCAUCGGUGACGACGAGCACUGCUGGAGCGACCGCGGCGUCUUCAACAUCGAGGGCGGCUGCUACGCCAAGUGCAUUGGCCUGUCUGCCGAGAAGGAGCCCGAUAUCUACGGCGCCAUCCGCUACGGCUCUGUCCUGGAAAACGUCGUCUUUGACCCCGAAACCCGCGAGGUCGACUACGAUGACUCUACCCUCACUGAGAACACUCGCUGCGCCUACCCCAUCGAAUACAUCAACAACGCCAAGAUCCCCUGCCUGUCCGAGAACAUGCCCUCCAACAUCAUCCUGUUGACCUGCGAUGCCCGCGGUGUCCUGCCCCCGAUCUCCAAGCUGGACAGUGCCCAGACCAUGUUCCACUUCAUCUCGGGCUACACCUCCAAGAUGGCUGGCACCGAGGACGGCGUCACCGAGCCCCAGGCCACCUUCUCUUCAUGCUUCGCCCAGCCCUUCCUGGCGCUGCACCCCAUGAAGUACGCCAGGAUGCUUGCGGACAAGAUCGAGCAGCACAAGGCCAACGCCUGGCUCCUCAACACCGGCUGGGUCGGCGCCGGCUUCGCCCAGGGUGGCAAGCGCUGCCCGCUCAAGUACACUCGCGCCAUCCUCGACGCCAUCCACAGCGGCGAGCUCGCCAACGUCCAGUACGAGAACUACGACGUCUUCAACCUCCAGGUCCCCACGACCUGCCCCAACGUCCCCGACGAGCUUCUCAACCCCAAGAAGGCUUGGACCGCCGGCACCGAGAGCUUCCAGGCCGAGGUCGUCAAGCUGGGCAAGCUCUUCCGCGAGAACUUCACCAAGUACGAGUCCGAGGCCACCGAGGACGUCGUCAAGGCCGGUCCCGAGGUUUAA